GCGUGACGCGAAUUGUGCAGCGCUUUCUGGAAGCCUCCUGGGCACCAGCGAUUACUCUGGAACCUUCGACCAGUCAUGUAUAAAAGCCGAGGUGCUUAACCCGCAGUUCCUCUGUAGUGGGUAAGCAGCAUGAAAUUAGGAGCAAGCUUGCAAGCAAGAUGCCUCUCGUGGGCGCGAGAAGAAUACGCGUGAGUAAGAGGCAAAGAAGAAGCGCAGCUGCCUGUUCGAUGCUGCACGAGACGCCACCGCGCAUCGUAGAUUAUGUCUCCUUCGACCACACUGAUCUCCUUCACGCUUUCCGGAAUGAGUAGUCGGCGUCACCGAAGGCGUCAUCGGCGACUCGACUUCUUCCAGCACCCUGAACCCUUUCCCGACCGCCUUGGAGCUGACAGCGCUCGCAACCCGCUAUCUAGCAAAUGGCUUGCUCCCCUGUUUCGACCUCAAAAGCGCUUCUGCAGGUCUCGCCGCUCCUUGCACCGCAAGUGUCAGCAUGACGCCAUGUCGGGUCGCUCUUUCGGAUCAGCAGCAGCGGCAGCGCCUGGCAUUCCGCGACGCGUUACUGGAGACAGAAGCCGUGCAAGACUUGCGUGGGUCCUCCGUCCUGGCAUCUCCAAGGUCCCACCGUACUUCGGGAACUGGAACAAAUGGCUGCGCUACUACAAGGGCACGCAACCCAGAAAGUGGCCCGAGCUGUCGACGCCCUGCGCGGUCGGCGAUGCUGCGGUGGCUGCUCGAUGCGAAUAAAUCGCACGCAGCAGCGCAGUGACCAGCACCGCGUCCAUCGCCAAGGGCUCCGGCUUCGUCGGCUGCGGCUACACCAGCGGAUCAGUGGUGCCGACGCGGUGUCAUAAACCAAUGUGCCACAGAGUAGUGUGCGCUCCCGUGACGCGCACUUUUUUCUGAACGCUCUCGUUUUUAUGUAACGUCAAUUCCCGCAGGUCAAUUUCGCGUGGUUCUAUAUCUAUCUGUGUUAUCGUUUUAAUUAA